UGGGCGACGCACUGCCUCUCUCUUUGCUUGACAAACAAACGUUACGGCAAACUCCUGCCUCCAAACGCACACCAGUCAAACAUGCCUGCAGAUUACAAUGGACGCUGGGAGAUGGUGAGCAAUGACAACUUUGAAGAUGUCAUGAAGGCCCUCGACAUUGACUUUGCCACCAGGAAGAUCGCCGUCCACCUGCAUCAGACGAAAGUGAUAGUCCAGAAUGGAGACAAGUUUGAAACAAAGACCCUCAGCACCUUCAGAAACUACGAGGUCAACUUCACUGUGGGUGAGGAGUUUGAUGAGUACACAAAGGGACUGGACAACCGAAACGUCAAGACACUAGUUACCUGGGAUGGGGAUAAGCUGGUGUGUGUUCAGAAGGGGGAGAAAGAAAAUCGUGGCUGGAGACACUGGAUUGAGGGAGACCUACUACACCUGGAAAUCCACGUUCUCGACAAAGUCUGCCACCAAGUAUUUAAGAAGGCGAAAUAACACGGGAAUGAAGUUCAUCCGCACAAAACCGUCUGCUGUGUCUUUUUAUAAUGUGAUUAUGGAGAGCUGCAAUAAACUGAUGUCACACAACUGUA